AUGUCGCGUUAUUCAAGGGACGACCCACGUUCAAUUUUCUUCAGCGGCAACUCGACACCCCUUCGGAGCUACGCCGGUUCGGAUCUGUUCAAGCGCACCACAACCACUCCGGCGACUCCGACGCAAUCAACCAGCCCCACUCCAUCCACAUCCUCGGCCGGUCAGGCCGCAUCCACCCCCGUCGCAGACCCCGCCAAACCGGAACCCGUCGUUCGCAUCAUCCCGAUCCUUUAUCCGGCCCAGCCAGCCCGUCUCAUCGGUGGUACUAGCAGCUACGGCAACACCAACCGACCCAAUCCCACCGAUGGACCGGGCGGGGAGAGCGCUCCAGUGAAGGGUAGCGAGGGUACCGCAACCCCACCACCAACACCCCCCGCAUCGGUGGCUCCCAUCACCACCGGGAUACUUAAAUCACCGCUCGGCACACCGCCCGCCGGCGGUACCGGCACACCAUCGCGCGUGUCCUUCUCGGCCCGACCGGUCACAGCCCCCAAACCGACGAUGGCCGGCCCGAGCGGCACCAACCCGUCCAACGUCACGCCGAGUGGUACCGGCAACGGGGUCCACGGGCGUACGACGCUCCCGCUGGCGAAGGCAUCGCGAUCGGCAGAACCGCCACUACCGCCACCCGUCGGCGGUGGUGAGGCCACACCAAAUGUGCCACACCAUCCCGAACCAGCGCCGGGUACCGGUGGGUCCGCCUGUCGCAUGCAGCUUGCCCUGUACGGUUGGCGCAAGAAGUGUCUGUAUGCGCUCAUCUUCAUCCUGAUGGUCAUGAUCAUCGUGAACCUCGCGCUUACCCUUUGGAUCAUGAAGGUGAUGGAGUUCUCCUCGAACGGUAUGGGCCAGCUGAAGAUAGUGCCGGGUGGUAUACAACUCACCGGACAGGCGCUGGUACUCAACACACUGCGCGCCUCGUCCAUCCGUUCAAAACACGGACAGCCCAUCUCCGUCGAGUCGUCGCGCAAUCUGAGCGUAAACACGCGGAACGCGUACGGUGCGGUCGAGAACCAGCUGUUCCUUGGCCACGACCGGCUGGAGGUGCUCGCGAACCACUUUCGCAUCACGGACACGCACGGCACGAACCUGUUCGCGGUCGAUCGGGACGAGGUGAUCGUCGGCGCCGGUUCGCUCCGGGUGGAAGGUGAAGGUGGUGUUGCGUUUCGUGACUCCAUCCAAACACCACUCGUCCGCGCUGACGCCGGUAAGGACUUGAAAUUGGAGUCACCGACUCGAUCGCUCGAAGCACGGGCGACCCAGGAAAUAUUCAUCCAGUCACGAGCCGGAGGUAUUGAGACAACAUGUCUCAACGAUCUGAAGCUGCACUCGGUCGCUGGCAGUAUUCGGCUAGACUCCAGCGCCAUCUAUAUGCCAAACCUGAAAACGGUGCAAACGGUGGGUGGCACUAGUGGCGGCGCUGGUGGCAGCAGCCUCUUAUCGGCAGCAACCCGGGCGGACACUGCGGGGAAGAUCUACCAGCUGUGCGCCUGCUCGAGCGGUAAGCUGUUCCUGGCAGCGCCCAACAGCGUCUGCACUGCGGACGACAGCGCCAUCUGCAGGUAA